AUGCCCCCAAAGAGUGGAAAGAAAGUCGCUCCCGCCCCCUUCCCCCAGGGGAAGGCUGGUGCUGGCAAGAAGGGCCCUAAGAACCCUUUGAUCGAGAAGCGCUCUCGCAAUUUCGGCAUUGGCCAGGACAUCCAGCCCACUCGCAACCUCUCCCGUAUGGUCAAGUGGCCCGAGUAUGUUCGUCUUCAACGUCAGAAGAAGAUCCUCAACCUCCGUUUGAAGGUUCCCCCGGCGAUUGCCCAAUUCCAGAACACUCUCGACCGCAACACCGCCGCCCAGGCAUUCAAACUCCUUAACAAGUAUCGACCAGAAUCCAAGGCCGAGAAGAAAGAGCGUCUUCACAAGGAGGCCACCGCCAUCGAAGCUGGUCAGAAGAAGGAGGACGUUAGCAAGAAGCCAUACGCCGUGAAAUACGGUCUCAACCACGUUGUUGGCUUGAUUGAAAACAAGAAAGCCUCCAUGGUCCUCAUCGCCCAUGAUGUUGAUCCAAUUGAGCUUGUUGUUUUCCUUCCUGCCUUGUGCCGCAAGAUGGGUGUUCCCGAAUUCGCCAAACUUGUCUCUGCCAUCAAGGAAGGUUACAGCGACAAGUACGAAGAAUCCAAGCGUCACUGGGGCGGUGGUAUUAUGGGUGCCAAGGCUCAAGCCCGUCAAGAGAAGAAGCGCAGAGCCAUCGAGACUGCUGUCAAGAUCUAA